AAGGCGACAAGACAGCAACGAACUCUGCAGAGGCUAUGUGCUGCUGCUACGCUGAUCAACUCAGCACACGACAAAAACCUCUGAUGCGUUUAGCUCCGGGCUCUCCGCUCCGGUCUGUAGGUCAAACCACGUCGAGCCCGGUGGAAUAAACAUGUUCAACAAAACAGGACCCGGACUUAGCUCGAGAGGAGUACUGUGGGGUUUGUGUAUACUCCUCCUUUACACCAGCCCCCUCUGCUGUUUUGCUAAUUUCAGCCAAGCGAAAGAGCUGGUCUAUAAGAUAAAAGAAGGAUUACCGUCAGGGACACUCAUCGGAUCCGUGGGCUCCGACUUACACUUGGAUUUAUCCCUCGAUCCCCAUGUUUUAUUCAAUCUGCCCCAGAAGAAGCCCAGUGAUCAGUAUGUCACUCUGAACAGCACUACGGGACAGCUGUUUACGUCUGGGAAUGAGAUCGACAGGGAGACGCUCUGCCCCGACUCCUCGGAGUACAAGCAGGGCUGCGUCCUCUCCCUGGAUGUGUUCGUUCUACCCCAGCAGUAUUUCCAGCUGGUUAAGGUCAAAAUCUUGGUCGAGGACGUUAACGAUAAUCGUCCGCGCUUCCCGACGGGCGAGAUUAGGGUUUCGGUCCCGGAGAACACCCAGGUCAACGCGAGGUUCGCGGUGGAGCAGUCAGCGACGGACCCCGAUCUGGGGUUUCACGGGGUCCAGACUUACUGGCUGGUCAACGACUUUGGGGUGUUCACUCUGGACGUAGAGGAGAACGAGGGGGGUGAGCUGACACCCUUCCUCAUCGUGACCGACGAGCUGGACCGGGAACGACAGGAGGAAUACGUAACGGAUAUUAUAGCAGAGGACGGUGGGUUACCACCUCUCCUUGGCACCGCCACGUUGAGGAUUAUAAUCACUGAUGUCAACGAUAACUGUCCUCAGUUCACAGAGUCACAGGUCAACGUGACGCUCUACGGGAAUACGACUAAAGGAGAGCACCUGUCCAGGUUACACGCCUUCGACCCCGACCAGGGCGCCAACGCCGUGAUCAGCUAUGCGUACAGCGACCGCGUUCCCCGGGAGGCUAGAGCCCUGUUCCAUCUGGACCGGAUUACCGGGGUGAUCAAACUGGCCGGUCAGAUCAACACCGCAACCGGGAAGUUCUACAAACUCACUGUCCUCGCCAACGGGCCCGGUUGCGUCCCUGCCGUCGCCACGAUGACGGUGCACGUGAUCCGGGUAGCUUCCGGUCCGCCUGUUAUUACGCCGCGCUACAUCGCGGCGGAGAAAGACGGCGUGGUCACGAUGAAGGAGUCCGAACCGCCGUUUUCCCCAAUCGCGUUUUUCACCGUGUCGAACACGGACCAGAGAGGACAAGGGACGGAAUGUCUACUUGAAGGAUCCGGCCCGUUCCGACUGACACCUUACAAACGGUUGAAGAACGAGUAUCUGUUAGAGACGACGGCGCCGCUGGACCACGAGCGGAGGCAGGACUACGAGCUGACCGUAGUGCUCAGGAACCCCAGAGGUCUCGCCAUUAAGACCUUCGUUAAGAUCCUGGUUCUGGAUGAGAACGACAACGCGCCGGUCUUCAAACAGUCUCUGUAUGAGGUCUCCGUGGAGGAGAAUAACCCUCCCAACAGCUUCCUGACCCAGCUCCAGGCCACAGACCAGGACAGUGAGGCCAGAGGAGAGGUCAUCUACACGCUGGGGUCAGACGCUCCCUCCAUUUUCCUCCUGGAGAGGCUGACCGGCGUGCUGACCGUGUCCACGUCUCUGGACCGAGAAGAGAAGCAGACCUACAGGUUCAUGGUUCGGGCGGUGGACCGAGGGACCCCCAGGAGAGAGUCUAUAGCUACAGUGGUCAUCACUGUGCUGGACCGCAAUGACAACAGCCCGCGCUUCAUCAAUAAAGACUUCACGUUCUUUGUGCCGGAGAAUUUCCCGGGUUUUGGCGAGAUCGGCGUCCUCUCGGUAACAGACGCGGACGCAGGCGAGAACGGCUGGGUGGCCCUCUCCAUCGUCAACGGCAGCGACAUCUUCGUGAUCGACGCGGGGCGUGGCGCUCUCAGGGCCCGUACCCCUCUGGACCGGGAGCAACAGGGGACGUACUACCUCUGGAUCGAGGCAGUCGACGGAGGGGAACCCUCUCUCUCCUGCCUCACCGUGGUUACCGUCCUCCUCCUUGACGUAAACGACAACCCUCCCGUCGUCUUGUUCCCCCAGUCUAACCAGUCCUACAUGCUGGUGUUGCCUAGCACCCUACCAGGGACCUCCAUCACAGAGGUUUACGCCGUGGAUAAAGACACGGGAAUGAACGCCGUUAUCGCCUACAGCAUCAUCAAGAGGAAGGGUGGCGAGCCGGGGUCGUUUGAUAUCGACCCGGAGACAGGGAACAUCACGUUGAAGAGAGAACUGAGUGACCGCGGUCUCUACAGUCUACUGGUUAAAGUCUCGGACCACGGUCAACCCGAACCUCUCCACUCCACGGUCCUGGUCAACCUUUUCGUCAACGAGACGGUCUCAAACGAGAGCUACAUCCAGAGUCUUCUCACCGGGGAGGAGGCUGAGAUCCAGAUGGAGGAGAAGCAGUGGUACGUGGGUAAACUGACAGAGAGGCCCGGCAGGGCGGACCUGUUCCCCUGUCAGCCUCUACUCAUAGCUCUGUCAGUGACCUGUCUGGGACUAUUCUGCAUCGUCGUCACGUUGACUGCUUAUAUAUGCUGCAGGAAACUGAAGAAAUGGAGGAAACGUCAAAUGAAAAGACUAGAGGUUGAAAUGCCUUUGAAGACGAACGGUGACGUGCGCGACGCAGAUAGAAAGCGGACGGAAAUCUCAAACAUUUGACGACGUUGACAUCGCAAAGACUUUGAGGCAAAGACUCCAACGUACAAAACUGUUACAUUGUAACUGUUUAUAAACAAUGUGAAUUGUGAAGUGUAGAUCUUCAUCCUCAAAAAGGCAAAAGGCCUGGAUCCCAAAUUGCACCCCCCUUUUGCCUAUUUAGUGCACUAUUUUUAAAUCAAGGGCCCAUGGUGGUGCACUAUAUAGGAAUUAGGGUGCCGUUUGUGACAUGUCCUCGUUUUAAAAACGUAUUAAAAGACCCAAUGUGAUGUAUAUAUUGUAGAUAAUAAGAAAUGUUUUAUAACUUUAUAACAAAAUCUUUAAAUAGACAAGAUAAUUAUUAUUGUAUUUCUUUUUCAAGAAAGCCCUAAGAAAUUACUCCUUAAAACUUACAAAUUUUAAAAAAUGGGAGAGAUUCUAUUUUUUUUUUUUUUUCACAAGGAUGUCAGGAUCGUUGGAAAGGGAUGAGGAUCAUUUGGUGUGUAUAACAAUAUUGAUUGAUUGAUUGAUUGAUAUAACAAUGGUUUUUUUCAUACCCCUUUCGAUUGCAUUGGAAUAGCUGACCCCAGAGCGCGGUGCAGAAGUCAAUUAAAAUCUGUAAUUUUCUUCAAAUCUACUGGAUUUUGUGUGAGAUUAAAAUUUGUAUUUUGUUGUUAUACAGUUUCAAGAGGAGGCUUCUUGCCUGGCCACCAAACAAACCCUCUACCUGCCUCCUUAAGUGUGUCCCAAAUAGGGCUCUGGUCUAAAGUAGUGCACUAUAUAUAGGGAAUAGGGUUCUAUAGGGCUCUGGAGUGCACUAU